AUGCCGCGUCCAUUGAAGGCGAACCCUGUAACGGAUGGCUUCAAGACGGCCUUGCAAGCCUUGCGUCAGCAACAGGAGCAGUCUCUAGCAGCCAUUGAAGCCUUGCUGGAAACUUGCGGCGUGGAAGCCUUCCAACCAAGUGAAAGUGCUGCGAUCCAAGCGUAUCCCAUCAAGGAGGAUGAGCUCCCACCGCACAAGGAACCCGCAAAACAGGUGUCUCAGGAGAAACCUCCAACGCCAUCGAUGACAGCCCUUGGGUUUUCAGCGACAGGCUCCAAGUUCCGUGACUUGAUGACAGAGUCCAACGCCGACGACCCCAGCUCCAAGACUUGGCUUGGACGAGUCCGAUGGCUCAUCAGCAAGCCGCAAUUCGACUGGGCCAUGGGUGUUGUGAUCUUCUUGAAUUCAAUUUGCAUUGGCAUCGAGACGCAGAGAUCCAUCUCCGAUGAGCUUCUUCCGGACUGGCCUCGGGAGGCUCUGGAUCUGACAUUCAUCAGCAUCUACGUCGUGGAGAUUUCCAUGCGCAUUUUUGCCUAUGGCAAGUCCAACUUCAAAGAUAGCUGGUUUCUCUUUGACUUUGCACUGGUUGGUAUGGGCCUGGCUGGGAUCAUUGUGGACAGUGUCUCUGAAGAUGGAGGCGAUACCCCUUUUGCCAAAGUGCUGGUGGUUCGCUCCCUUCGGCUUCUUCGCUUAGUGAGGGCAAUCAGGAUGUUGCACAUGUUCCGAACAGUUUGGCGUUUGGUCUACGGAUUGCUGACUUCCGGAAACACCAUGCUGUCGACUUUCUUCAUCCUCCUGUUGACCUUGUACAUCUUUGCAUGUCUAGGUGUGGAGCUCAUCACCAAAGAUCCGCUUUUGCAAAGGGAUCCAGACACAAAGGACAUCGUGGCAUAUCACUUUGGCAGUUUGCAGAGGACUCUACUUACCUUGGUGUCCUUUGUCAGUGCAGACUCCAUUGCCCAAGUGUAUAUGCCGAUUUGCAUCGUGCGGCCAUUUAUGGUGAUCUACUUCAUUAUCGUCAUCCUCACGGUAUCAGUCUCCCUGAUGAAUCUCGUCACGGCAGUUUUGGUCGAAGGUGCCUUAGCCAACGCUGCCAAUGACAAGGAGCUGGGCCGACACGAUAUGAAGCAGAAGGUCAGAAAGUUUGCACCCAAAGUGAUGCAAGUCUUUGCAGAGAUUGAUGAAGACGGAAGUGGAACAAUCGACCGCCACGAGGUGACCAGAAUAAAUCUCGAUGAACUGCCCAUUGAGUUGAACUCUGAGCAUGUGGAAAGCUUGGAGGAUCUUUUUGAUAUGCUGGAUGUGGAGGGCAAGGGCACCCUGACCCAAGCGGAAUUUGCAGAUGGUCUGCUGAAUUUGCUUACGAUGGAUGUGCCAGUGCACCAGAUGAAGACAUUCAAGAUCUUGCCCGUGAUGAUUCCCUUCACAGGCAGUGCACGGAGGCUGACAUGUUGUCUGAUGGGUUACAUGUCAGCACAGAGCGCUUCACAUUUUGUGACGCUGGCCAAUUUCUACGCCCAAAGGGAUGGAUCACAGCACGU